UGCGCGUGUGAUUUUGAGGAGUUUUGGAAAAAGGAGAAAUUGUGGGUGUGUUUGGUUGUAGCUCUGGCUAGUUCUCGGAGUGUUUUUGCUGGCCACUGGCCUUAGGAUGUAUGCUACAUGUCAGCAACUCCAAGCCCAAGCCCAAGCUCAUAUUACCGAGUUCAGACUUCAUGUACCUCCAUCGAUUGGCUUUUCAACCAGAGGGAGAUUGCAGAGUCUUAGGCUUCAGCUUGCGCUUCUUGAUAGAGAGUUUGAUGAUUUAGACUAUGAUGCAUUGAGGGCACUGGAUGCCGACAAUAGUCAUGAUGCUCCUUCGAUGAGUGAGGAGGAGAUCAAUGCCCUUCCUAUACACAAAUAUAAAGGCCAACCGCAUGGCGAGCAAAGUGGUGGAUCAUCUCAGCAACAAGCAUCAUCAUCUUCAUCAUCUGCGGCAGCCGAGCGUAUAAAGCAAGAUGAUGGCAGAGCGGGCGGAAGUGCUGGUAGUCAAGAAGAUGAGCUAACAUGCAGUGUCUGUUUGGAGCAAGUCAAUGCUGGAGAACUAGUGAGGAGUUUGCCAUGUCUGCAUCAGUUCCACACUGGUUGCAUUGAUCCCUGGUUGCGCCAGCAAGGCACAUGCCCGGUGUGUAAACACAGAGCAAGCUCCGGAUGGCGUGGCAACGACGACGAUCAAGCCGACGCAUCUUUUAUGGUAUAAUUAUUUUAUAUAAGGAAACCUUUGAUAAGAAAAAUGGCUGUAUAUAUAGUUUUAUAUUGCAUAUUAUUGAACAGUAGUACUGUCAUAUGUGUUGUUCUGGUAGGUUGAUCGAAGUAUAUUACCAAAUACUUACAGGGGUUUGUUUUUCA